AGUCAUGCUCAUAACUGUAAAUGAAGCAGCGCUGAGAGGAACACCAUCACUGCAGGGCCAAUUUUAAUUACAUGCUGCUAGCGUAACGGGCAUGUUGCUUUUAACUCAUGUCCUUCUAAUCUUAUGGAUUUCUACUGUGGGGGGACAAGGGAGACAUUGUGAUUUUCCAAAAAUAAACCAUGGAAUUCUGUACAAUGAAAAGAAAUACAAGGCAUCUUUCCCAGUUUCUCUUGGGAAAGUUUUCUAUUAUUCCUGUGAAUAUAAUUUUAUGUCUCCUUCAAAACACUUUUGGACUCCCAUAACAUGCACAGAGGGCGGAUGGUCACCGACUCCAAAGUGUCUCAGAGUGUGUUUCUUUCCUUUUGUGGAAAACGGUCAAUCUGCAUCUUCGGGACAAACACACCUGGAAGGCGCCACUGUGCAAAUUACCUGCAAUAAGGGCUACAGCCUCCCGGAUAACAAGGGCAGCAUUACCUGUGCUGAAGGGGGCUGGUCCUCCCCCCCUGAAUGCAUCUCCACCAAAAAAUGUUUAAAAACAGAUAUUGUAGUUGCCAAUGGGUUUUUUUCUGAGUCAGAAUAUGCUUAUCCUGUAAAUAAAGAAACGCAAUAUAAGUGUAAACCAGGAUACACGACAGCAGAUGGGAAAACAUCAGGGACAGUUCAAUGUUUGCAAGGUGGAUGGUCAAGUCAACCCACUUGUAUUAAGUCCUGUGACAGGCCAGUAUUAGUGAAUGCCAGAGUCAAGAGUGAUGUCACAUGGUUUCAGCUCAAUGACAGGCUGAACUACGAAUGCCACGCUGGCUAUGAAAACCAAGAUGGACGCACCACAGACUCCAUAGUGUGUGGUGAAGACGGCUGGUCCCAUUUGCCCACAUGCCGUGAAAUAGAAUGUCAUCUUCCAUUUUUAGAAGCAAAUGUAGAUGUUUAUCCAAAGCAAGAAAAAUACAAAGUCGGAGAUGUGCUGAAAUUUUCCUGCAGACAAAGACUUAAAAGAGUUGGGCCGGAUUCAGUUCAAUGCUACCAAUUUGGAUGGUCACCUAAUUUUCCAACAUGCAAAGGGCAAGUGCGGUCCUGUGGUCAACCUCCUCAACUGCCCAAUGGCAAACUGAAACACGUAAAACAAGAAAAAUACGAACACAGUGAAAUGGUGGAAUACGAUUGCAGCCCUAACUUUGUAAUGAAGGGGCCUAAGAAAAUACAAUGUAUGGAUGGAGAAUGGACAACCCUGCCCACAUGUGUUGAACCGGGGAAAGCAUGUAGAUUUAUGCCUCAGCUUGAGAAUGGCUAUAGCCAGCCCUCUGUCCCUCCCUAUCGACAUGGAGUUUCAGUGGUGUUAAGUUGCAGAAAUGCAUAUACGAUGAUUGGGAAUACUACAGUUACAUGUAUUGAUGGAAUAUGGACCGAGCUUCCUAAGUGUGUUGCAACAAACCAACUUAAGAGGUGUGAAAAACCAAGGUUUUAUGUAAGAGGACAGUUAAGUUCAUAUAUGCAUGAAUUUAAUCACAAUGCCAGAGUCAGUUACAAAUGUGCUGGGAAGAGUACAUACGUACAGACAGUCUGCAUCAACGGGAAGUGGGACCCUGCACCAGACUGCCUCGGAAAAAAGAUACAACUGUGCCCACCUCCGCCUCAGAUUCCUAACGCUCAGAACAUGCUAACCACAGUGAAUUAUCAGGAAGGAGAAAAGGUCACUGUUCUCUGUAAAGAAAAUUAUGCAUUUCUGGAAGCAAAAGAACUUGUGUGCAAAAGUGGACAGUGGCAGUCCUUACCACGCUGUGUAGAGUCUGCACAAUAUUGUGGGCCACCUCCGCCUAUUGAAGAUGGAGACAUCACCUCCUUCCCCUUAUCAGCAUACUCUCCAGGGUCGGUGGUCCAGUACCGCUGCCAAUCUUUCUAUGAGCUCCGGGGAAACCUGACUGUGACGUGCAGAAAUGGACAGUGGUCAGAACCACCCACAUGCAUUGAUGCAUGUAUCAUAUCUGAAGAUAGAAUGAACAAAAAUAACAUACAGUUAAAACGGAGAAACCCCCCAAACAGAUAUGCUAAAACAGGGGAUUUCAUUGAAUUUGAGUGUAAAAGUUCACAUAAAGAGAGAACACCCAUACAAUCAUUCCGAGUCCUCUGUCAGGAAGGGAAAUUUGAAUAUCCCACAUGUGAAUGAGACAAGCACAACUCCCCUGGAUGUGCCCUUAAAAUUAAUCCUACAGGUAGGCUGUUAGUAUUUGUUAUGUGGUCACUGCUACAGUUGUUUUCUUUAUACUUUCAGGGAUGGUUUAUCACAGUUUUAAUUAGAACUCUGGAUUUUCAGAGGUUCUUAAAUUUGUCAGUUGAGUAGCCAAGGCUUCUUUCAUAGCAGGACCAUGCGUAUCCCAUUCCUUAGUCUCCUUUCCUGUAACACACGCAGAAACAUGCCCGCCUUCACCUCUUAGUUCCACACACCCUCUUCUCAUUGUCUGAAAUUUACUGCUUCAAGGCUUUCUGAGUCAACUUUAUUUCAGAGGAAGUGGUGGAUAAUCUCUUUCUUUACAUUAUUAUAAUUUCACAAAAACGCAGACACUGUCACCCCUUAUGUUUGUAGCAAGCAUUAGUAAGUAUUUAUAAACCUCUAAUGUGACUCUAACCAUCUAUUAAGCCAUACAUACGCCUUAAAGGACUGAAUAUACCACUUCUACAAAUAAGUGGAAGACUCUGAAAUGUACACAAAUCUUAGUGUGGUACUUCUAAUACAGUCAAGAGGCAAUAUAUACAUACAAAAAAGAAACUAUAAUUUUAAAUGAGAAUUAUUAGGUUACAAUAUUAUGUGUAUUGAAUUGUCUGGGUGGGCAUAAAUGGAUAAAGGAGAAGAAAUAAAAAUGCUGGCUAAAUCAGUCUA